GGCAAGGGGGGAUAGAGGGGAGCAAUAGGAGGUGUGAUAAAAGACUAUUUUAUCAGCCUGACAAGUGGAUACGAACAUUUUUGAUCGCUGGACUAUUUUUUUUUCUUUUUAUUUUCCAGACUGGGAAUUUAUCGAUUCGUCACAUGCGCACGCCUCUUCAUUAUAAUUGCAGACAGUUGGGUGCUGUUCAGGCUGAAUGGACUUGAAUGUGCCGCUGCCAGCUUAAUCCGUGCAGACUGGAAGAUUUAAUAAUUCACGGUAAUCACGCAUUAUCGCCUCAGUGGAUGCUCUCAACACAGCUCUGGUGAUUUUCUCCACCAUUCUUCCUGUUGUCUUGUGGAGGAUUUAUCGACGACUGCUUUGCAAAUAUGCUCCUUAUCUGAAAUAUCAUCUGUUGCUGCAACUGGAUUGAAAAGCCCCCACAUGACUGGCUCUGACACGCUUUGAGGUAAUGUGGACUGUUGAAUAAGAAGCAUUUUAAUCACCGUUUGAUAUUUUGACUCCAGGUAAAAUGGACGAAAAAUUAUUAUUACUUUUAUUACUUCUCUUAUCUCUGCACGCGAGGCUGUGAUUCUGCUUGUGUUCAUCAUGAUUUUUUUACUCCGUUCAAUUGCCUCUUAUUGAUUCAGACUGGAAGCUUAAUAGCAGUAUUACAAGGCAAAUUUGAAGUGAGGACAGUUGCGGAUCGUGGAGGUAUUUCCCUCCCUCGCUCUUCAUUUGAUUUCAUUUUUCAACUGAAGGGUAAAUGUUGAUGAUGGAGGACGACGAAUUAGACAAUCAUCAGGUUGAUUCGGAUUUCGAGCCGCAGAGCCGGCCUCGCUCGUGCACCUGGCCGCUGCCUUGCCCGGAGGAUUUCCCCGGUGGACACGAGGUCAGCGGGGGUCUUCCGCUGGCCAACAUCAAGGUGGAACCGGAGGACGUCCCGGCUUGCAUAGCGGGGCUCGUGGGCGGAACGCCCGGGGAGCUGAAGCAUCCAGCCGGCGCCCCGGCACCCACAGGCGCGACGCACCCAUGCCUGGCUGGCGCGGCGCUCGAUGUGACCGGACCGCUGCGCAAAGCCAAAUCCUCGCGGCGGAACGCGUGGGGGAACCAGUCCUACGCGGAUCUCAUUACCCGCGCCAUCGAGAGCACCCCAGAAAAGAGACUCACGCUGUCACAGAUAUACGACUGGAUGGUCCGUUAUGUGCCCUAUUUCAAGGAUAAGGGCGACAGUAACAGCUCAGCUGGCUGGAAGAACUCCAUCCGACACAACCUAUCCCUUCACACGCGUUUUAUCAGGGUGCAGAAUGAGGGAACGGGGAAGAGUUCUUGGUGGAUGCUGAACCCAGAUGGAGGGAAAAUGGGCAAGGCCCCCCGCCGGCGAGCAGUUUCCAUGGACAACAGCACCAAAUACCUAAAAAGCAAAGGCCGCGUCAGAGGCAAGAGGGUUGGCCGUCCUGGGAUCGGAGCGGGGUCUGUUGUGGUUGGGCUCCAGGGCUCUCCCGAUCAUGGCAGCCCUCCACAGAAAGGCCUCCCAGGAGCUGGAGGUGCAUCUGGCACAGAUGGAGAGUUUGAUGCUUGGACAGACCUCCAUUCCAGAGCUAGCUCCUCAGCCUCCACGCUGAGUGGCCGUCUGUCACCGAUCCUCGCAGAGGGAGAGCCAGAGGAACCAGAGGAAGGUGGUCUGUCCUGUUCCACUUCCCCCCAUCUCUACCCCUCACCGACCAGUGCCCGCUCUCCGUCCAUGGGGGCAGGGAACCGCUGUCCUCCUCUUGAGCAGCUGCCUCAGCUGGCCAACCUGACAGGUGCCAUCAGCCUGGAUGAGCAGCUGAUGGAGGACAGUUAUCAUCACCACCACCCACCGCAGCAGCAACACCAGCAGCAUCCAGCUGUUGGCAGACACAAGCACCAAACCCCUGUCUACCACUACAGCUCUGGAGUGAAGGGGCAGAGCCCAUAUGGUGCAGGCGUCUAUGGUGCAACAGGCAUGGGGAUGCUGCGCCACCACUCACCCAUGCAGACCAUUCAGGAGAACAAGCCAGCGAGUUUCUCUGGAACCAUGCGAGCGUACUCCAGCACCAAUGCCCUGCAGAGUCUGCUAACAGGGGGUCCAGCCAGGCAGCAGUACUGUUCCAAGGACAUGAUGCUGGGACAGGAGAGGGAAAGCCACCCUAUGAUGGCUCAAGCUAGUAAUGGAGUAGGCUCCAACCAUCACAGCCACCACCACGGCCACCACAAUGGCCACAGCCACAAUGGACCUCAUAAUCACAGCUCAGCUCAUAGCCAUAACAGAACUCACAGCCAUACCAGUAGUCACAAUCACAACAAUGUCACCAACCACAACCACAACUCACCUCACAGCCUCGCUCACAACGGUCAUAACCUCAGCCAGAGCCAUAACCACACACCGCCCCGGGCUGUGGCCCUCAUCCCGCGUGGCAACAGCAAUCAGCUGCAGACCUACAACCACAAAGCUCCGUACCUGUACAGCCCCCCUUCACACGCCCACCUCCCUGCCUCCACCACCCUCCCCCCAAACCCAGCAGGUAUGCUUGGCAUGCCCCAGGACUCCUGCCAUGUGGCCACCGCCCCACACCCCCGUCACAACCAUUACCCCGACCCACAACACCAAGGCAUGACUAACGGACCAUAUCACCAUGGCCAGGGGAUGGGGAAUGGUAGUGUUGGGAGCAACUACCACGGCUAUCACCAACCUCACCCUCACGAGAGACUACCGGCUGACCUGGACAUUGAUAUGUUCCACGGUAGCUUGGACUGCGAUGUGGAGUCUAUCCUCCUCCAUGACAUUAUGGACUCUGGGGAGGAGAUGGACUUUAACUUUGACUGCUCCCUAGCCCAGGGGGUGGGCAUCGGCAUGGGUAUGGGUAUGGGUGUGACCAUGGGCAUGGGGAUGAGCGGUCUGACUGGUCCACAGCAAGCCCACAGCAACCAGAGCUGGGUGCCUGGCUGAAGUCAACACCUUCUGCCCUCUAAAGAACUACCCUACCCAUGAAGCACUGUGCUCAACUGUGACAUUCCUGACUUGACACAGAGACUAUAGGACCAACACUCCCGUCUCGCUUUGUUGUCUUGACAAUUCUUCUGUCGCCCUCUCCUCUUUUGACCCCCCCCCCCCAGAGAUCUAGUUCAUGUCACAUUAGGUUUUUCUUCAUAUCAGCUAUACUGUGAUGACAAUCUCUCAGCUGUGCUCGCCCAACAUCGCUUCUCAUCUACCAUGAGAACUGAACUCUCAAUGCACUUUAUUGCAAGUGGGUCACAUCUCGCAGUGUCACGCGUUCACAGAGUAGCUCAGGCAGAGCUUGGCAGAUUUUGUUAAGGUGACGGCGGUAUUUGACGCCAACAAAUGAGGAAAUUACAAGCUCCAUUGAUAAAGUGUCACAUCUUGACACUGAAUUAAAAUUGGACUCCUUUUCUAAUAUGCUGUCAUUGUCAGAGGUGGGGACUUUUUUUAGUAAAAAAUCCUUGGUUGCUUAGAGCCUUGUUUUUUCCAAAUUCAGUGUCAGCUCAAAAGCUUAGAUAUUGCCUAUUCCUCAUCUGUCCACACAAUUUAAAAAAAAAACAAACAUAAUUAAUAUUAUAUUGUUAAAUUAAACCCAGAUUUGACACUAGAUUCAAUGUAAAUACGGUGCAUUUAAAAAUAGUUUUCUGAUCUGAAACCAGUUAAAAAUCUUAAAGGGAUAGUUACGAUUUUUUUUUAAGUGGUGUUGUGUGAGGUACUUAACCCAUAGUCAGUUUAUUACACACAUACUUACAUACCUCUCCCAGUUUGGAAAAGUAGCAGGAGUACCGACUCUGAAGCUAAGCAAUGUACUGCUGUGGACGGGGCAGCAACAAAGCAUAUUUUAGCCACUUAAAAAUACAGAUUCACCACAAAAAAAUAAAUCUAUAACAGUUUAAGUAUAUGCUGCAAUGAGAGUAUUUCCACCACUUUACCUUUUUUGUCAGACAGCCUGUUCAGACGGAGAAGCUGUUAAUGCUUCAGGUCCCCAUCUAUGCGCUCGUCAAAGCCACCAGACCCCAUUGACAAAAACGAUAGUUUUAAUUGCUGGCCCCUCUACAGCAGUAUAUCGCAGAGCUUCCAUGUCAGACUACAGCCUGCUUCUCCAAACUGGAGGCGUGCUGAUUGCCAUCUAUUGCAGAUAAUACACUGACUAUGGUUAAGUACCUCAUAAAUCCCCACAUCAAAAAAUCCAAACUGACCCUUUAAUGCUAACGGCAUUCACAUGUUCAUCAGAUCCAACUAAUUAUCUUACACCAGCAGUCCUGUUAUUUACAGCUACAUGCAUUUAGUCCUUGGUGCAUUGACUUUUAUCUUGGAAGUAACAUUUUGUCAGUGCCCUGUUGUCACCGGUUAGAGAAUAUUGUCACUACAUCCUUAAAUGGAUUCUAUCAUUACUGGAUAGCAUGCAAUUUGGUGAAUUAAAAUGUCGUAUCACCUUGUCUCACCUGCGCUUCUCGUGCCAGGUUCCCUCUCUCUCUGCCCGCCAGUGGAGACAAAGUGACCAUUCCUCACACCGAGCCAUUAAUGUGGCUUGAUUGAAAUUCAGCAUCUUGUUUUUAAUCUCCAAAGUGAUGCAGCAGCGAUGCGUCAUUAUUGAGAAUCUAACGCGUCGUCCUCCCAUCUCUCACCCCGGCCGUCCGGGCAGCCGCUUGCCUCCCGUGACUUAAUGUGCCAAGAAAGCGAGACAAAACUGUGAUUAACGCCAAGUCACUCUGCCUGCUGUCCUGCUCUUAGAAGGGCCAAUGUCACUGUCCGCUUGCCUGCUCACAGAGGGUACAAAUAGAAAAAGAUGGAGACAAGGGUGGAACAAAAGCCUGUUGUUGCAGUGGGAUCAAUCAUCGGCCUCAGUUUCCAUACUCUGGGUGUGUGUGUCUGAAAACAGGUAGUGUAUUCGUAUUGUAAACCAUCUCCAUUCUCUGUAUUUUGUACUCCCCUGUUGCCAUGUUUUCAGUGCUUAUACCCUGAGCUUCAAAUACUCAAACAGGUGCAAAGGGAGCGAUUUAAGGAGAAAACAAUCAGCCCAAUCUGAGUGGCAUGAGUCUAUGUCAAACAGGGUUGUAAUGCCCCACAGCCAUCCACAUCCACUUUUUGUGUGUUUAUUCUGUUGUCUUGUAGUUGUUGUUGUAUUGUUGAAAUUCUAAGGACCAACAAGAGCUGAAAUACGCAUAGUUUAAGGACGGAGUUCAAUGUUGGUAGUGCAGUAUGACCUUCCUAUUACCCUGCACCCCCUCCCACACUUGCUCUGCUUAAUUGUCUCUGUUUGUGAGUUGGAGAGUCUGAAGCUUGUUUCUCAUCGGCCUUUAGAGAAAUAGAGAGAGAGAAAAAAUAUUCUCUAGUUCCCUAAAGGAGACUCUGUGCUUGGUCUGCACCAAGUACGGCACACAAAAGAAAAGAUGGGGGGUAAGAGUGCGGCGGGGGUUAUUGUUACAGCCAAAGGUCAAGCACGGCGCAGACUAUCAGACCCAUAAUUGAGGUAAAUACCUUUAUUUCAGGGCUUUUAGUCGCGUUCCAGCUAAUCUCCGUGUGGAAAAUGCGUGGAAUUUUCUGAGCAAAUGGGCCUCACAAAGCAGUUAUGUUAUAACCUAUGCUACAGACAUUUAGCAAUGCCCUGUUAUUGGAAAGAGCUAUAUAUGAUGUCUAAUUUUCCUAUAUUUAUUUAUGAAAGAGAUUGGUCUUUGUCACUCCUAAAUGUGGUAGUUGUUUGAGUCAACUCCUAUCCCCUCCCCCUUUUUAUUUUCUCUCUGUUUUUUAAGAUAUCACUCUCUAUU